AUGGCGUUCAAGUUUGUCGUCUUCCUCGCUUCCCUGGCCGUUGCCAGCGCUGGAUACCUGCAGGAAGCCCCAUUGUCCUACAGCACUCUGUCGCAUGCUGCUCCAUUGGUGUACAACAGCUACGCUCAUGCCGCCCCGGUGACCUAUGCUGCCCAUGAUAGCUAUGCCACCCCGGCCAUCGGAGCUACCCACGAGAGCACCUUCCGCGGACACGACGCCACUGUGUCGCACCACUCCAAGGCCGUCGAUACCGCGUUCUCGAGCGUCCGCAAGUCCGACACCCGCAUCACCAACGAAGCCCCCAAGCUGGCCUACACUAGCUACGCUGCCCCAGCUGUCGCCACCUACGCCCAUGCUGCUCCAGCUCUGUCCUACACCCGCUCCUACCCCACUGCCCUGUCUUACCCGCGCUCGUACGCUGCUCCCGCUCUGACCAGCUACGCCCAUGCCGCCCCGGUUGUGGCCGCCCACGCCACCAAGACCCUGACCUACUCGCCGGCGGUCGAGGUCGCUCAUGUUGCGUACGACGGUAGCCACGCCCAUUACGCUUUCUAAGGUGUCCAACAAGAAGACUGAAGACUGAAUGUACCUGCUCAAUUGGCAUUGGAAGAAUGUUUCUGAAAUUGUUUGAUCUUUGUAUUUUGUACUGUUGUGGUCUGGAGUUUAUUGCCCUGGUCUGAAGUGUACAGUGUAAAUGCAAGUUUUGGCCGAUCGAAAAGUGAUAUUUGAAAUUAAUAAACUGUUAGAAUAAAA